UCUCCAAAGACAACCCCGCUGAUCCAGGUUCUCGUGGUCUUCAACCUAGCGAGUUACUCGAAAAUGCCUUAUGGUGGGCGGGACCUCCAUGGCUAAGCCAACCGGAAUCUUAUUGGCCGCAAUCAAUUUUUACUUUCCCUGAAACUGAAGAAGAACAACGAAAAGUUAUAUUGACAUGUACUUCACAGCCCUCAUUGUUUGAUACUCUCUUUGAAAAGUUCUCUUCUUUCUCUAAAAUUAUAAAUAUUGUCACGUUUUGCAGACGCUUUCUCUAUAAUACUCGACAUUCUAAAUCUCGUAAAACCUCUCCUCUCUCGAAAUUUGAAAUAAAUGAAACUCUAGAAUGUAUUAUUAAAUGUGUUCAAUCACAAUAUUAUGCUAGGGAAAUUCUCUUAAUAAAUAAUUGCAAAUCUCUACCUAAAUACUUAAGAAAAUUGACCCCCUUUAUCGACACCAAUGGAAUUCUUAGAGUUGGUGGUCGCUUGCGCAAUGCUUCUCUAAAUUUCUCUCAAAAACAUCCCGCACUCUUACCCAAUAAUCAUAAAUUUACUACUCUACUCAUAGAAUAUACUCAUAAACUCUAUUUGCAUCCCGGUCCCCAAACUCUUCACUAUAUUCUCGCUCAACAAUACUGGAUUGUUUCUGCUAGAAAAACAAUUCGUAGUGUUCUCUUUAAAUGUCCUCAAUGCUUUCGCGCUAAUCCAGUAAUGCCUCAGCCUCCUAUUAUGGGAGAUAUUCCUGCUGUAAGACUUUCUCAAGUAAAACCUUUCUCUGAAGUUGGAUGCGACUAUGGUGGUCCAUUCUCUUUAUUAAGAUAUCGUGCACGAGGUGCUAAGUCCUGUAAAGCCUAUAUUUGCUUAUUUGUGUGCAUGGCCACGAAAGCUUUGCACUUAGAACUGGUUUCCGACCUUUCCUCCGAGACUUUUCUGGGUGCACUGCGUCGAUUCAUUUCUCGUAGAGGUCGCUGCAAUCAUAUUUAUUCCGAUUGUGGAACGAACUUUGUUGGAGCUUCUAGAGAACUGAUUAAUAUGCUAAAAUCCGCCGCUGAGCAAGAACAAAUUUCCUGGCGCUUCAAUCCUCCAAGCGCGCCUCAUUUUGGUGGCCUGUGGGAAGCAGGAAUAAAGUCUGUAAAAACUCACAUUAAAAGGGUUAUUGGUGAUCAAUUGCUCACGUAUGAGGAAUUUUAUACGCUACUGGUUCAAAUAGAAGCAGUGCUUAAUUCUCGUUCAUUGUGUCCACAAAGCUCUGAUCCUAAUGACUUGUCAGUUCUUACUCCAGGACAUUUUUUAACCCUAGAGCCGUUAAACGCCCCUCCGGAAGAUGAUCUUUCCGGGAUAAAAUUAAAUCAUCUCUCUCGCUGGCAGUGGAUAUCACGGUUGCACCAAAGCUUUUGGAGCCGAUGGUCUAAAGAAUACCUUCAAACACUUUUACAAAGAGCUAAAUGGAAUGACUCUACUAUUCCAAUAGAAAUAAACUCGGUUGUUUUAAUAAAGGAUGAUAAUCUAAUUCCGCUCAAAUGGAGCAUUGGAAGAGUCUUAGAGAUUCACCCGGGCCAAAUGUAAACUCUCUUAAUAUUUAAUUAAAUUACACUCAUGCAUUAACCCCAAUAAUGCAUUUUUCUAAAUUUCCUCU